CCCCAGGUCCAGUUGAAGAAAAAGAGCCCCCAAGCAUGACGCUGCCACCAGCGUACCUCGCUGUAUAGCCCCCCCCCCCAAAAAAGAAAUAAAUAAUUGGAAAAUAAAUAAGACAAUGAUCUCAGAAGAGGUGGAGUUUGGAACCGACACUUUGCAAUGGUUAUUGUUUAAUCUAUCCGGAGCUUGGGCGCAAUGCACAUUUGAAUCUGAGCACCUGACGGCACUGCUAAACUUUGAGCCCUGAAGAUUCCAAUAAGCUCCACCCGGUAUUCCAAAUUGCCAGGUUCAGCGGGGAAAAGGCAUCUAUCUCCUGACUGUUGUAUAACAAGACGGUGAUAAGGUUUAGGGAGCUCUCCAAUUUCCAGAAUCUUCGGGAACUCUUUGGUGCUGCUGACAAGGAGAAAGGAGCCGUCAUGCUAAGUAAAGAUCUUCCAGACAUCGAGAGCAUCUUGGCUCUGAACCCAAGGGUCAAGACUCACGCUCAGAUCAUGUCCACGGCGAGCAAAAAGAAAGAAAAGAAACACUGGAAGCGCAAUCCUGACAGGGGCUGUGAUUCCUGUGUUAAGUUAGAGAACAACUUUGAUGAUAUAAAACACACAACCCUGAGUGAGCGGGGAGCUCUUCGAGAAGCUCUGAGGUGUCUCAAAUGUGCGGAUGCUCCCUGUCAGAAGAGCUGCCCCACUAACUUGGACAUCAAGUCAUUCAUUACAAGCAUCUCGAAUAAGAACUACUAUGGAGCAGCGCGGGCCAUCCUGUCUGACAACCCUCUUGGUCUGACCUGUGGAAUGGUCUGUCCCACAUCGGAGCUGUGCGUUGGGGGCUGCAAUCUGUACGCCUCUGAGGAAGGUCCCAUUAACAUUGGAGGGUUGCAGCAGUUUGCUACUGAGGUCUUCAGUAAGAUGGGCAUCCCUCAGAUCCGAAAUCCCGAGCUCCCGCCGCCUGAUGAGAUGCCGGAGUCUUACCACUCGCCCAUUGCUCUUAUUGGCUGUGGCCCGGCUUCUAUUAGCUGCGCGUCUUUUCUUGGCCGCCUCGGAUAUAAUAACAUCACCAUAUUUGAGAAACAAAAAUACACCGGAGGGCUAAGCACAGCAGAAAUCCCCCAGUUCCGUCUUCCAUAUGAGGUGGUCCAGUUUGAAAUAGACUUGAUGAAGGACCUGGGAGUCAAGGUCGUGUGCGAGAAGGGUCUCGGUAUGAACGGAAUGACUCUGACUUCUCUGAAAGAAGACGGAUUCAAGGCAAUCUUCGUUGGAAUCGGGCUCCCUCAAGCCAACAGAGCCAAAAUCUUCCAGGGUUUAUCCACGGAUCAAGGCUUCUUCACAUCCAAAGAUUUUCUGCCCAUGGUGGCCACGGCAAGCAAGAGAGGGAUGUGCCAGUGUCGCUCCUCCCUUCCUGAGUUACGAGGAGCGGUGAUUGUCCUGGGUGCCGGCGACACCGCCUUCGACUGCGCCACCUCUGCCCUCCGCUGCGGGGCCAGGAAAGUGUUUGUCUGCUUCAGGAAGGGAUUCACCAACAUCCGGGCUGUUCCUGAGGAGAUGGAGCUGGCGAAGGAGGAGCAGUGCGAGUUCCUCCCCUUCCUCUCUCCACGAGAGGUCAUCAUGAAGAACGGGCGCGUCGCCGGACUGCAGUUUUGUCGCACUGAGCAGGCCGAGGACGGAAAUUGGAUGGAGGAUGAAGACCAAGUUGUGCGCUUGAAGGCGGACUACAUCAUCAGCGCCUUUGGUUCCAUGCUCAGCGAGCCGGCAGUGAGCGAGGCCCUGUCUCCGGUCAAGCUGAGCCGUUGGGGUACUCCUGAGGUCAACACAGAAACCAUGCAAACCAGCGAGCCCGGGGUGUUUGCAGGAGGUGACGUCGCCGGACUGGCAAAUACCACGGUGGAGUCCGUGAAUGAUGGCAAACAGGCCUCCUGGCAUAUUCAUCGAUACAUACAGUCCCUCUAUGGCCAGACAGUGGAUACGGUUCCAAAGAUGCCGCUAUUCUACAGCGCUAUCGAUCAGGUGGACAUCAGCGUGGAGGUUUGCGGAAUAAAGUUUCCCAACCCAUUCGGCUUGGCCUCUGCCCCUCCCACCACCAGCGCCGCCAUGAUCCGAAGAGCUUUCGAACAAGGAUGGGGUUUUGCCUUGACCAAGACGUUCGGAUUAGAUAAAGACCUGGUUACUAAUGUUUCUCCUCGUAUCGUACGCGGUACCACUUCCGGUCACGUCUUUGGACCGGGUCAGGGAUCGUUCCUCAACAUUGAGCUGAUCAGUGAAAAGACGGCAGCCUAUUGGUGCCAGUCAGUGGCUGAGCUUAAGAAAGACUUUCCCAAAAAUAUUGUGAUCUCCAGCAUCAUGUGUGGUUACAACCAGGAAGACUGGACAGAACUAGCUCAGAUGGCUGUGAAAUCGGGUGCUGAUGCUUUGGAGUUGAACCUGUCCUGUCCUCAUGGGAUGGGAGAGAGAGGCAUGGGGCUGGCCUGUGGGCAGGACCCUGUGCUGGUGCGUAACAUUUGUCGCUGGGUGCAAGCUGCUUCUUCCAUCCCAUUCUUUGCCAAACUGACCCCAAACGUUACCAACAUCGUCGAUAUUGCCAAGGCCGCCUAUGAAGGUGGAGCAGAUGGAGUUACAGCCACAAACACGGUUUCAGGCAUGAUGGGACUGAAGGCAGAUGGCUCACCCUGGCCGGGUGUUGGAGCUGGCAAACGCACCACAUACGGAGGGGUGUCGGGUAACGCCAUCAGACCAAUUGCUCUCCGAGCCGUAUCAGCCAUCGCCAGGGCACUUCCCGGCUUUCCAGUUUUGGCCACCGGGGGAAUUGACUCAGCAGAAACCGGUUUACAGUUUCUUCAUGCUGGUGCCUCCGUGCUACAGGUAUGCAGUGCUGUUCAGAACCAAGACUUCACUUUGAUCGAGGACUACUGUGUGGGUUUAAAGACCUUGCUGUACUUGAAGAGCCUUGACAUGAGCGCCUGGGAUGGGCAGUCUCCUCCAACAGAGAGACACCAGAAGGGAAAACCCAUUCCGAGACUGGAAGAUCUGGUUGGACAGAGUCUUCCAAGUUUUGGACCAUACCUUCAGAAGAAGACAGAGGCCAUUGCACAGUACAAGAAACAGCUCAAAGAAGCCGGUGGUGCAGAUGUGAUGGAAGCCACCGUCGCCAAAAUGAAUGCACCUAAAAAAACAGUUCCAGCUGUCAAGGAUGUGAUAGCAAGAGCGUUGCGCCACAUCGGGGCCUAUCAAGAGCUUAACAACAUGGAACAGGUUCAGGCUCUGAUAGAUGAGGAGAUGUGUAUCAACUGUGGGAAAUGUUACAUGACCUGCAACGACUCUGGCUAUCAGGCUAUCACGUUCGACCCUGAGACCCAUCUUCCAUUUGUAACUGACAGCUGUACAGGAUGCACUCUCUGCCUGAGUGUCUGUCCAAUCAUAGACUGCAUCAAGAUGAUGGACAGGACAACACCAUAUCAACCCAAGAGGGGUGUCCCGAUUAAUCCAGUGUGCUAAAGCACACUUUCCCUUCUUUGGCCUGUAACAAAUGGCUGAAAUCUGUCACAACACCGAUAGAUGCUUGUUUUUGAUGAACAGAGUGCGAUUCUUCAUGAAAUUCUGUUACCUUUUGAUCAGCAGGCACUUCUUUUGUGGCUUGUGUGUUCUGAAGAUGUUUUUGUUUUUUCUUUUAUUCCAAGGAGCAUCCUGAAAUAUACUUUUACUGUCAGGUCUCUAUAAAGCUAUUACCUAUGGAAAUCACGGGAUUGUUACAUAUUCAUACGGUAAUGUCGUUUGGAUUUGUCGACCUGCAGUUUGAACUGAACAAAAUCAUACAUACAUUUUAACAUUUUGACAUGCAUUAACUGUUGUGAUCAGCAAUUUGUGACCCAAAUUAGCAUUUUUAUAACUAUCAGCAUUUGUGGUGAUUGGGGUUUCAAAAUUAACAAUCUGUCUAGGAAAACUGUUGAUUAAAAAAAAUUGGUAUUUUAUUUUGAAAUGAGAAUGUAUAAUUACUGUAUAUUCCUUUAAUUCAAGAAUACACAUGUGCCAGGAUUCCCUUCAGGAUCAAUAAAAUACCUACUUCGA